AUGCAACCAAGCCUAAGGCAGAAGAUUAUUGAUGCGCAGCGAGACGACCCUUAUUUGGAGGAGAGAGUUCGUAGAGUGGCGUCAGGCCAGGAUAGCGAAUUCUCAGUGUCAGCAGAAGGUGGCCUCCUUUAUCAAGGGCGUCUGUGCGUGCCGGCGAUUAGUGACGUUAAGGAUAAGUUGUUGUCAGAGGCUCAUAGUUCCCUAUUCUCAAUCCACCUCGGUAGCACCAAGAUGUAUCAGGAUCUGAAGCGUUACUAUUGGUGGAAUGAUAUGAAAAGAGAGGUUGCGGAGUUCGUCAUUAAAGGUUUCACUGUGAUAUGGGUCAUUAUAGACAGACUUACGAAGCUAGCGAAUUUCAUACCUGGAAAGUCAAACUUUUCAGUGAAUAAGUGGGCACAGAUAUACAUGAAGGAAGUGGUAAGAUUGCAUGGAGUGCCCAUGUCCAUUGUGUCGGACAGAGACCCUCGUUUCACGUCUAACUUCUAG